AUGGAAUUUUCAAGCAGCUCUCGAAAUGGAAGUGUCAUUGAAAAUGAUGGGCCUAAUUACGAAGUGAACGUCAAUGUGCGGGUAUUGACAAAGAACCCAAAAAUAUCAAAACACGUAGAAGGUCACCGGGGAAUACUGACAAAAGAGUUUGAUUCAACCGUGUCAACUUUAUCAACUUGUAAAGAUUCAUACAGAGAACCACAGAAAAAUAAUGUUCGUCAGAAAGGCAAAAGACUUGAGAUGCUUGAAAGACAUUUGUAUCAACAAAUAAGCAAUGAAGUGAAGCAAGAAUUCAACCCUCCUCCUCCAAAAGUGGAUUAUACAUCAACAACAAAGAAAGACUUCAGCAAGGACUUUCAGCCAAUAGAGCAGCCACCUACUAUGCAUCAUGAUGUUAACUCCGACCAACCGUUGACAUUUUGGAAUCACAAUUUAAACAGCAUCCAUGGUGUGUCACAAAUACAAACAAAUGACACUCCGUUCAAGAAAAACACGGCUUUCAGCACCCCGAUCGACGAAUACAAAGAUGCUCCAAAACCAGGCGAAGGAUGGCAUUAUUAAACAAAAAACUUCAUUUGAUAUUUUAUCUAGACUAAUUUGUACAUACUUUCUUUUUCUUAGAAAGAAUAUUUGGUUGUAACACUAAAUCGAAAAGCAUUAUCUUUGUGCUAAU